CUUGUACUAUAUGUCCGCAGUCUCUGGUCAUCUCCUGUAAUAUGUCUGCAGUCUCUGGUCAUCUCCUGUACUAUGUCCGCAGUCUCUGGUCAUCUCCUGUACUGUGUCUGCAGUCUCUGGUCAUCUCCUGUACUAUGUCCGCAGUCUCUGUUCAUCUUCUGUAGUAUGUCCACAGUCUCUGGUCAUCUCCUGUAUGAAGUCCGCAGUCUCUGGUCAUCUCCUGUAGUAUGUCCGCAGUCUCUGGUCAUCUCCUGUAGUAUGUCCGCAGUCUCUGGUCAUCUCCUGUAUAUGUCUGCAGUCUCUGGUCAUCUCCUGUAGUAUGUCUGCAGUCUCUGGUCAUCUCCUGUACUAUGUCCGCAGUCUCUGGUCAUCUCCUGUAGUAUGUCCGCAGUCUCUGGUCAUCUCCUGUAGUAUGUCCAAAGUCUCUGGUCAUCUCCUGUAGUAUGUCCACAGUCUCUGGUCAUCUCCU